AUGGACUGGAUACGAGUAAGGGCGCGCACUUGCGAAGAGGAAAAAUGUCUUUCAAAUGGAAAGCCAGUUGAACUGGGGAGGUCAGAUUUGGUUGGUGGGAUAGGGUUCAGUCCGCCUCAGCUUGGACCACUUCUUUCUAUGAAGAUUUUAGGCAUUGCUGGCACAAACAAAAGCGGAUAUGGAACACAUAAGCAGCCUAACCCAUAUGCUUGCAAUGUCUCAUCUGAAAUGUUGCAUAUCGUUGGACGAAUGCAUACAGACGAACACGGCAACAUGCUAACAGUAUCCAAGGCGGACAUGUAA